GUGACAGUGACAGAGAAGAAAAACGAAAAAAAAAAUCUAGGAAUUGGAACAAAUUUUAACAAAUUCUAUAUUUGCUGUAGUUUAUUAGUUAUCUACAAAUUUCAAAUGCAAAUAUUCGGCUAGUUAAUGGGCAUGGGAACCAUGUGAUUGCCAUAAAUUUGUAAAAAAUCCAAGACUUUUUAGCCAUAAACCCCCCAAUAAGAGAGUGGUGUGUUCGUCGUAGAAUUGUCAAGUUUUAUUGUUCAUUCCUUCUUCUAUUGGGAAGGAUACCUUGAUACAAGUGCAAUGGAACAAAUAAAAGGCUCGUCGUCGUCGUCGUCAACGGUGGUGGCGGAGAGUACGCAACACCACCAACAACAACAACAGCAGCAGUCAAAGAAAAAAUCUAAAAAUAAAAAGAAAACCUCCAGAAAUGAAAUGACAUCGAAUGUGGCGAGUGGUGCUAGUGAUGAGCAAACUCAUGUGGGGUCAGUGGAUGCUGUAAACGGUCUCAAAGAUCAAUUGAAGCAACAGCUGCAAAUUGGCAGCCCCAGCACUAGCAGUAGUAAUAAUGUAAAGGUCAAUGGCCUUGUAAAUGAAAAUGAUACGAAAAUGUAUGCCUGCACUAACAAUACUCCACCCGCCGCCUCCUUAGCCGUUGCCGAAAACACAAAAAGCCUAUGUUGCGAAGGUGAUGGUGAUGGUGAUGGCGAUGAUUCUAGCCAUCCAACAACCAUUUUGAAUGGUCAUCAUAAGCAUGUGGAGGAGGGAACAACAGGCAAAAAGUCCAAACGAAAACCCAAUAACAAAAAGAAUCCACCCUCAGAGUCAAUAGGGUUAACAAAACAGGAGAAUGGUCAUUGCGCUAUGGCCCCGCACCAAGAAGAUCUUCAUCUUCACAAUGGUUUUGUACCCGCCAACAAAGACACUAUAACAGUGGAAAGCACACAGCUGCAGCAACAGCCCAUAGCCAAGGCACAAAAUGUUGAGAUCAAAGUAGAGGAAAAAACCUGCAACACUGCCAUGACCAAAACAAAACCUUCCGACGACGAACAACAAACUACAACUAAAACAGAUGAUGCUGAUGAUAAAGGUUCCUCAGAAGGCAAUGCGACUGCUGAAGCCGGUGCAAAUGCCUCCUCAACUGUUUUGGACUUAUCAAAUGUUCAUAUUGAAUACAAAGAAUAUGAGUCUGAGCUGCAAAUGCAUGAUAUAAUGCGUUUGAUACAAGCAGAACUAUCUGAACCAUAUUCAAUUUACACCUAUCGUUAUUUUAUAUAUAAUUGGCCAAAAUUAUGUUUUUUGGCUGCCCAUGGUAAUGAAUAUGUCGGUGCUAUAGUGUGCAAGCUGGACAUGCACAUGAAUGUGAGGCGUGGCUACAUAGCUAUGUUAGCGGUACGCAAAGAAUAUAGAAAAUUGAAAAUUGGCACAACGUUAGUGCAAAAGGCAAUUGAGGCCAUGUUAGCUGACAAAGCCGAUGAAGUUGUUUUGGAAACUGAAAUGAGCAAUCUACCCGCUUUGCGUUUGUAUGAAAAUUUGGGCUUUGUAAGGGAUAAACGUCUCUUUCGUUAUUAUUUAAAUGGCGUAGAUGCAUUACGUUUAAAAUUGUGGUUUAGAUGAGAUUAUUUAUAUAAUUAGAAAAACAAAAGCAACAGCAACAGCAGCAGCAACAACAACAUAUUAUGUUUGUAAACUAUUUAAAAUUAUGGAAAUAAAAACUUUGCCCAUACAAAGGCAAACACAAGAAAAACAAUGAACAACCAUAAGAAACGCAAAACAACACCACCAAUAAAUAAUCCGAAUACAUAAUAAAUUACUUUAAUGUACUUUAA